AUGGCAAUAAACAUGUGUUCUGAUAAACCAAACCUAGGACUCAGCCCCCGCAUUUCAUUCUCACACGACCCCAAAAACACAGUCUCGGUUGAGGACCCUCUCCAACGAGACACCUGCGUGGUAGACUCGAGCUCGGAGUUUGUCUUCUGCGUAUCAAACGGCGUCGCGCAGAAACUCUCUUCGGCCGACGAGCUUUUCUCGAACGGCAAGAUCAUUCCCACGCAAUUCACCAGAGUUUCCAUUCCUAAUGUACCACGACACGAACCGCAUCUCCAUCAUCAUCAAUACCAACACCAUCAACUACAACAGCAACAGCAACAACCAUCUUUGUUAACGACGCGCAAGAAGAUGCUCAAAGAGUUUUUGUCCGAACCCGAAGAUGACGACCUGGAAGAAGAGAGGCCCAAUUCAGUUCAUUCAUCCAACUUUUUCUGGCGUAGCAGCAGCGUCAACUGUGACGGCGCCACGCGUGGGAAGGGCAUGCUUCGUUCUUCUCUGCACUUUCUGUCGCGAAGCUAUUCAACUGGGUCAGCACCCAACACGCCAAAACAUGCGAUUAUUGCAAGGGAAAGCGUGGAGAGACAUAGGCUGCAGAAACAGUCCUCUGGUUCCUCGUUGUCGUUGUCGUCUUCAUCCUCAGCGAGUUCCAGUGCUUAUUAUUUCUAUGAUUCGUGUCAAAAGCCUUCCUUGAAGAAAAAUUUUGGGUCCGCUUCUGGUAAUGGGGUUCGAAUUAGUCCAAUUUUGAAUCUGCCACAUCACAAAGCCACUAGGAGCAUCUUCGGAUUUGGUUCACUGUUCUGCAACGGGAAGAUAAAAAGGAAGAAAUAG